UACUUUUGGCCCAUGGGAUGGGAUUCCGUCUGGAAAAAUAGAAGAAUGUUCAUUCACUUUCAUUCACAUAACUUAACCCCAAAAUAGCCUUUUAAAAAGGGUAAAAUAAUUUUUAAAAAUGUUUAUUAAAAAGGUUGCUGCUUUUAUGCUUACGGACACUGGGAAAAAAGUGUCCUACAUAACUGCUGCAGCUUUGUCGUCCGGUGCACUAUGCGCCAGCUAUUUGCCGCAUACUUUACUUUUAGGCGAAUAUAAGAAACUUGUUCAAUUAUACAAGAAUGGUUUGUCAGUUCCACUUACGAAAGAAAUAGAAAGUAGGUUUCAAAAAGUUUUGGAAAUAUUAGAGAUAGAUCCAGUAGACAGACAUCUAUAUAAACCAUUUCAUGUUGUUGGAUUUGAUGUUAUGAGUGCUGGUAGCUCUUUUAGUAAAGAUGGAGUGAUUAUUGGAUUACCUAUUAACUUUUCUUAUGAUAAUCCCAGUACCAUCGAUAGGACAAAAAUGAGGAUAAACCACGAAACGAUUAUUUGGGAGACAGAACCUGCUCAAAAUCUACUGAAGUCCCUUGUUUUAUCAGAAAAUGCCCAACUGUAUGCAAUGGCAAGGGAAGUUUUACAUAGGCAAACACCAAAACCACUUAUAGAUACCGCUCUUAAUGCAAAUUUAGUAAUAUCCACGUACGCUAUCUGCAGGACCUUAAACGAAAAAUUUAAUUUGUACGACAGACCUCUUAGUCUAAGAUUUGGAAUGUAUUCUUUGGUAGCAUUGUUCAGUAUUGGAUUUUAUGUAAUGCUUAAAGAUGUAACACAAGUAUACUACGAGGAUAAGGUUGAUAAAGAACUGAAGAAGAAGAACAAAAUAUUUUUGGAAGGAGGUAAAGAGUUUUAUUCCAAGUUGCUGGAGAGAAAUAAGGCCCUUCGGCAGCUAUUGGGAAAAGAAGGAGAGACUCUUUAUAGCGUGUUAGGAAACGAAAAUUCUUUAUUUAGAAAUAAACAUAUUCCGCUUGUACAAAGGCUAUCAGCUUUUGAGAGUAAAGCUUAACUGUGUAAUAUUUAUUUAUUGUUGUAAAUAAAAUAGUGUCUGUUUUUAUAAA